GUUCCAGAACAGUGAUGGGGAGGUCAAGUACUUACGUGAUGCCGAAGAACUGAUUCGGCCAGAGAGGAACACGUUGAUUGUCAGCUUUGUGGAUUUGGAACAGUUCAAUCAGCAGCUCUCUACCACUAUUCAGGAGGAAUUUUAUAGGGUUUAUCCUUACCUCUGUCGAGCAACAAAGACUUUUGCCAGAGACCAUGGAAAAGUUCCUCCAAACAAGGAUUUCUAUGUUGCCUUCCAAGAUCUGCCUACCAGACACAAAAUUAGAGAACUGACCUCAGCAAGGAUUGGCUCCCUGCUGCGCAUCAGUGGGCAGGUGGUUCGUACCCACCCUGUCCAUCCCGAGCUCGUGAGUGGAACCUUCCUGUGCCUCGACUGCCAGACUGUCAUCAAAGAUGUGGAGCAGCAGUUCAAAUACACACAGCCAAACAUCUGCAGAAACCCAGUCUGUGCCAACAGGAGGAGAUUCCUGAAAAAAAAAACGAACAAAUUUUAGGUUGUUGAUUUCCAAAAGGUUCGCAUCCAGGAGACGCAGGGCGAGCUGCCGCACGGCAGCAUCCCGCGCAGCGUGGAGGUGAUCCUGCGCGCGGAGGGUGCGCAGGCCGGCGACAAGUGCGACUUCACCGGCUCGCUCAUCGUCGUGCCCGACGUGUCCCAGCUCUCCACACCAGGGCUGCGCGCCGAGACCGGCUCCCGGCUCACCGGCACCGAGCUUUUCUGUACAUAUUCCUCCCAUCCAUCUUCCAGAGUGAAUUUUGGUGACCUGUCUGCAGCACUCACAUUCAUUAGUGACCAUGUUACUUCCUUUGUUUAGUUUGGUGGAAAAGAGCUUCGAGAUGAAGAACAGACUGCAGAAAGCAUUAAAAACCAAAUGUCUGUGAAAGAAUGGGAAAAGGUUUUUGAGAUGAGCCAAGAUAAGAACCUUUACCAUAAUCUCUGCACCAGCCUCUUCCCCACUAUCCAUGGUAAUGAUGAAGUGAAACGUGGAGUCCUGCUGAUGCUCUUUGGAGGAGUUCCUAAGACCACAUCAGAAGGCACUUCACUCCGUGGGGACAUCAAUGUUUGUGUUGUUGGUGAUCCAAGUACAGCCAAGAGUCAGUUUCUAAAGCACGUGGAUGAGUUCAGUCCUCGCGUGGUGUACACCAGUGGCAAAGCCUCCAGUGCUGCUGGUCUGACAGCAGCUGUGGUGAAGGAUGAGGAGUCUCAUGAAUUUGUCAUUGAAGCUGGAGCACUGAUGCUGGCAGAUAAUGGGGUUUGUUGCAUUGAUGAAUUUGACAAAAUGGAUGUGCGGGACCAAGUAGCCAUUCAUGAAGCCAUGGAGCAGCAGACAAUAUCCAUUACUAAAGCAGGAGUAAAGGCUACCCUGAAUGCCAGGACCUCCAUUCUGGCUGCAGCAAACCCAGUUGGUGGGCGCUACGACAGAUCCAAGUCACUGAAACAGAACAUAAACCUCUCAGCUCCCAUCAUGUCUCGCUUUGAUCUCUUCUUCAUCCUUGUGGAUGAGUGUAAUGAGGUCACAGAUUAUGCCAUCGCCAGGCGCAUUGUGGAUCUGCAUUCCAGAGUGGAGGAAUCUGUUGAUCGUGUCUAUUCCUUGGAUGACAUCAGAAGGUAUCUGCUGUUUGCAAGGCAGUUUAAACCAAAGAUAUCCAAGGAGUCUGAGGACUUCAUAGUGGAGCAGUACAAACGGCUGCGGCAGCGCGACGGCUCUGGCGUGGCCAAGUCCUCCUGGAGGAUCACAGUGAGGCAGCUGGAGAGCAUGAUCCGCCUGUCCGAGGCCAUGGCACGCAUGCACUGCUGUGAUGAGGUUCACCCAAAACAUGUGAAGGAAGCUUUCAGGCUUUUAAAUAAGUCCAUCAUUAGAGUUGAGACUCCUGACAUCAAUUUAGACCAAGAUGAUGAACAGCAAAUGGAGGAUCAAGAGGACCAAGAAGGAGUCAAUGGUGAGGCAGAAGCUCCAGCUGGUGUUAAUGGUCUGGUGAAUGGGAUCAAUGGGCACUCUGAGGAUGUGAACAAGGAUGCUGCCCCCAAAGCUUCUCUGAGACUGGGCUUCUCCGAGUACCGACGGAUUGCUAACCUGCUGGUGCUGCACCUCAGGAAAGCAGAGGAAGAAGAGGAUGAUUCAGCAUUAAAGAGGAGUGAACUUAUUAAUUGGUAUCUAAAGGAAAUUGAAUCUGAAAUAGAAUCUGAAGAAGAUCUGAUAAAUAAGAAGAAGAUCAUAGAGAGAGUCAUUCACCGACUGACACAUUAUGACCACAUUCUGAUAGAACUGUCCCAGUCAGGGCUGAAAGGAUCCAGUGAAGCAGAGACUUUUGAUGAAGAUCCAUACCUGGUUGUGAACCCAAACUAUCUGCUGGAAGACUGAGGGCUGAGAACUGCUUUGCAGAGUUGACUAGUCACAAGUGGGAAGAUGCAUUCUGUUCUUGCAGGGGUUGCUGUAUAGCUAAUGCCUUAAAUCCCUCUGGAUGUGUGUGCUCAGUAACAUGUGAUUGCUCCCUUGCACUGAGGGAAGCUUUUAGAGACAUGACACACAUACAUUAGUUUCAUUAUUCUGAAUUUCAGUGCCAUCAUCUGGUUGCAGAGGAGAAUCAUCCAAUAGCU